AACAUCGUCUGGGCAUGCGUGUGUUAUUACUACAGAGCAAAAGUAUGGCAGCGUGGACAGACGUGUUUCGUGUGGCACUCGUGUUUGUGUUUGUAAUUAUUUCAACUGAGUGUAAAACCGGUAAAGACACAUUAACAGAUGCUGAUCUCAAGAAAUUUGAGGAGAUGGUAGAAUUGAAAGGUGGAAAAUUUAUAAUGGGAACCGACGAACCAAAUGCACGAGAUGGUGAAGGCCCCUCCAGAAAAGUUACCGUAAAACCAUUCAAAAUAAUGAGAUAUCCAGUAACGAAUGCUGCGUUUAGAAAAUUUGUUAAAGCGAAAAAAUUCAAGACGGAGGCAGAACGUUUUCAAUGGAGUUUUGUUUUUGAUGCUUUUGUGAGCGAGGAAGUAAAAGCAAACAUAACAGACAGAAUACCAAACACUCCAUGGUGGGUUCCGGUACCAAGAGCUUAUUGGAGACAGCCUGAAGGUCAGGGUAGUACGAUCACAAAAAGACUAAAUUGGCCGGCACUUCACAUUAGUGCGAAUGACGCCAAGCAAUACUGCGAAUGGAAUGGAUGGAGGCUGCCAACAGAACCUGAAUGGGAGUACGCAGCCAGAGGAGGGCUUGAAUCGAAAAGAUAUCCAUGGGGUGCAAGUUUUGACAAUAAGAGACUGAAUACAUGGCAGGGUAAAUUUCCUGAAGAAAACACUAAGGAAGAUGGUUACCACGGAUCAUCCCCAGUAGAUGCAUUUGAACCACAAAAUGAUUACGGCAUGUAUGACAUGGUCGGCAACAUUUGGGAAUGGACAAGUACAAAAUUCAAAUCACAGAACCAGGGUCAAGCUGUGGAGAUCCCAAUGUUAGUAUUGAGGGGAGGCUCGUACAUCGACACAAAAGAUGGUGAAUUUAACCACAUAGUUAGGGUGACCACAAGGAUGGGUAACACAGCUGACGCAAGUUCGGACAACUUAGGAUUUCGAUGUGCCUCUGACGUAGAACGUGUAGGAAAAGCAGCAGACGCCGUGAAUGCCAAGAAAGAAAAUGUUGAGCUUUGAAAAAUCUUUUGUUAAUACUAGUAGUAGUUCAGACUUUUGUAUUUUUAAAUGGCACUAGAGGGCGCUGCUUAAUUCGUUAGACCAAUGAUCAUAGUUUAUUCAAUCAAGGAUUUAUAAGAUAGGGCUCUUGUGUGAUGUGCGAUAAAGAUCCCGAUUUAAAGUCUCGCAAUUUGCGAGAUGAUCACAAAAUAGUGCAAUACAAAUGAGUGAGUCUGCGUAAAAACUGGUGAGUAUUCGUUUCAGGCUGUUUUGCUAGUGUCCCUUCAAGUUGUUUUUUUUUGUUUUUUUUCCAAUAUGAUCAUAAGCAGUUCACAUAGGUCGUAUAUCCACUGCUUUAUGCGGCACAUGCAUGGAACUCACACGGAUCGUCAUCUCGACACCACCAUGCUUUAUCAAUUUGGUAUCCAAGUUACAUGCCCUAUUCUUAUAAAUCCUUGAUCCAAAAAUGUUUGCAUGUGAAUGUGUCAUUCACCCUUGCACUUUGACCUUUUCAGCCUUCACCUGAUGAAAUAUAUAACUGUACUUUGAAUGUUAUUUGCAUAAAUUAUUGUUGUAUAAAAUGUUCAAACUGAUAUUUGUUGAAGCUUGAAGAUAAUUAAAACAGAAUGCUGAAAAUUUAAUAAUGUUUGCUAAAGAUAGCCCAUGUGGUUAUAAGUCACAUGUCAUCACGUAUUCUUGUAUUCUUGGACUGCAAAAGACGACCGGCUGUCGCUGCUCAGUGUUAAAUUUUUUUUUAGCAUUCUUAGCACGUAAAUAGCCCCCUCUCGUGUUGAAGAACUUUUAGGAUGUAAUUGCAUGACUCGAAAUGUAGGCCAUUCACAAUUUCACGUGAUGUUGGGAAUAUGAAUACAAUGUACUACAUAAAUAUAAAUUGUUAAUAAAAUUAUUGAUAUAUCACUA